CAAAUAUUAAUUUUAGACGCAAUUAUUAAAUUAAUAAAAAAGAAAUAAAAAAUAGUUAUGAGAAGUAAAUUCAAUAACAAAUUCUAUGAUGAGCAUAGCCCUUCAAAGAGAGUAAGGUGGAUUUCGCCUAAUUCAUAAGCUUAAGAAUCAGAUAAAAUAAGUUAAGCUGCAAGUAUAAUUGCAUCUUAAGAGAUAUCUUUAAACUAAAGUUUAUAAAAGUCUAAUAAAUAAUUAGAUAUAAGCAAAGAGCUAAUUUAGAAUAAAGAAAAACUUAUCAACUUCUUAGUUGAUAACAAUAUAGAAUUUCAAAAGCUUCAUCCUAAUGAGUACGCAGCUACUAUUAAGUUAGUAAAUAUAAAUUAAUAGGCAGGAAAUUAAAUUAAUGUUAAUGGAAAGAGUUAAUCACCAAUGAAGGUUUCUUAAUCCUAAGGCUAUUUUACAUAAAAGGAAAAGGAAUUAGCAAAUAUUUCAUAGAUAAAUAAAUAGAAUAAGCAGCCUUUCAUAUCAGCUAUAUUGAAUGACAUAAAGUCUUAAAAGUAGUCUGUUGAUUUAGCUAGCACUUUUAAUAUUUCAAUGGUUACUGACCCUUCAAUAGAUCAAAACUAAAGAUUUUUAUAAUUUUUAGAGGAGAAAUAAGCACAAAUUUAAAGAGAGUUAACAAAUGCAGAUUAACUACUAAGCAUUCAUAGAGAUAACUAGAGCAUCAAAUAGCUAAGAGAUAAACAUAAUAGUUUAUUGAUAACACAUAAAAAUUUGUGUGCAAUCUACUUAAGAUCACCUCAAGAGUUUAGAAAUAAAGCAAUUCAAUAUUUGAAACCUAUUUAAAGCACUAUUAUUUAAGGAAAUUACUCAAAUCUUAAAAAUAAUUCUGAUUUAGAAAUUCUAUAUGCCCUGCUACAGAAAUUGCUUUUAGAUAACUGUGAUGCCUAAACAAUGGAAUAAUUUGUAGAUGAAUAAAUAAAAAUGCAAGCAAAUUCUUUGUACAGCUCAACAAAUUAAAAUUUAAAAGAAUCAAAUAGAUCUGAAAGCUUAAAAGAUUAAGAAAAUAAAACUCAUGGAUCAUUAGUUUAUGAAAAGUUAAAUUCAUUUAAAAAAAGAAAUAAAGAAUAAAAACCUAACAAAAAAAUUAUCAUAGUUUAACAGAACUUUGUAAAAUCUGCCUCUCCAAGUAAAAGAGUCUCUAAAAGUAGUGAUGCCAACAAAUCAAGAAAUGAAGAGCUCAAUAGAUCAAUCCACUCAAAAAAAGAUAAUCUCAAUAAAUCUUUUAGUUCAAAAAAAGAUGAAAAAUCACUUAUAAAUGAAGCCCCAAAAAUUUAAAUUCAUAAUAAUAAAUUAUUUUCCAUUUAUGGUAGCAAUAAUAAAGUAAAAUAGAAUAAAAGUACAUAAAAACCUAAUAAUAAUUAAAGAAGUUCUCUCAGUUUUGCUAAUAAUUCUAGUACAGCAUCAUCUUUAAAGGAAAGUUUACUUCUAGGUAAGUCUUAACUUUCUACCAAUAGCUAAAUGAGUAAAAAAUAAGAAGGUCAAAAAGAUAAACAGUCUAAAUUUUCAUUGGGCAAUUGUGCAUAAAAGCUUGGUAAUAACUUAAAAAUUUAAUAAAUAUACAAUAAAGCUUACAAAUCUGCUAAUACUCUAAGUCCUAACUACAGUGAUAGCUUGACUGAUCAUUUUUAUUCUUAAUCAACAACAAGCAAGUAGGUUGGAAAUUUCGAUUUCUCUAAAGCUGUAAGCUAACAGUCAAAUAGAAGUUUAUCUAACAAUAAAGAUAGAAAGAAUCAAUCUAUUUAAAGUAAGUUCUUUUCAAACAGAAUCACUACAGAAAACACUCCUAAAUCUUAAAGAACAAGUGAAAGAAGAAAUUCAAGGUCCCUUUCUCCUUCUAAACCGAAAUCAUAUAUCCCAUCUGCCAGUUAAGAUAAUUCAACCUCUUCAAGAAAACUAAUUAAAGCAUCAGAUAUGUAGAAAGAAUAUGAAAUUAACAAAUCUCCUUCACCUACUCGUAAGAAAACUGCAAAUUUUAGUUAAGUUUAUAGUCCUCAAAUAUUAAAAUCCUAAGAUUUCUAGAAAGAAUAUGAAAAAAUUCUUAUUCAAAACUUUGAAAACUUGAAAAUGUAAUAUUCUAAAAGUAAAAUUGUAGGAAAAGUAAAUGAAAAAAUAAUUGAAGAAGAAUUUACUAAAUCACUAAAGAUACUUAACUAGAAUUUUCAUUUAUUAAGCAGUGAUGAACUAAUGAAUUACUAUGAUUUUAUAUAAAACAAAGCAUAAAUAUUAUAUAGAUAGUUUAUGAAAUAAAAUUAAUUUUGGUGA